CCGGCGCCGGCGGCCAAUGAGCGCCAGUGCGCAUGCGCGGGAAUCGGCGCCGGCGCACGAGCAUCUGGCUGCGGCUCCGGUUGCCCCCAGCGUGCUCUGCGGCGCUACGCUCGGCUUACCCUCUUGGGUGGUGGGAAGGAGCUGGAAUGGCGGCGGCCGGUGCCGGGGCAACCCGGCUGCUCCUGCUUUUGCUGAUGGUGGCAGCAGCGCCUAGUCGGGCUCGGGGCAGCGGCUGCCGCGCCGGGGCUGCUGCGCGGGGGGCUGGCGCUGAAGGCCGAGAUGGUGAGGGCUGUGGCACCUUGGGGCUGCUGCUGGAGCAUUCCUUUGAGAUUGAUGACACCGCCAACUUCCGGAAGCGGGGCUCACUGCUCUGGAACCAGCAGGAUGGCACUUUGUCUCUGACACAGCGGCAGCUCAGCGAGGAGGAGCGAGGCCGACUUCGGGAUGUGGCAGCCCUGAAUGGUCUGUACCGGGUCCGAGUCCCCAGACGGCCAGGGUCCCCUGACAGUCCAGAAGUUGGUGGCUAUGUUUCAUCCUUUGUCCCGGCGUGCUCACUGGUGGAGUCACACCUCUCAGACCAUCUCACCCUGCAUGUGGAUGUGGCCGGCAAUGUGGUGGGCGUGUCAGUGGUAACAUACCCUGGGGGCUGCCGAGGCCAUGAGGUGGAGGAUGUGGACCUGGAGCUGUUCAAUACCUCCGUGCAGUUGCGGCCACCAGGAACAGCCCCAGGCCCUGAGACAGCAGCCUUCAUUGAGCGCUUGGAGAUGGAGCAGGCCCAGAAGGCCAAGAACCCCCAGGAGCAGAAGUCCUUUUUUGCCAAAUAUUGGAUGUACAUCGUGCCCGUGGUCCUGUUCCUUAUGAUGUCGGGAGCGCCAGACGCCGGGGGCCAGAGCGGGGGCGGCGGCGGCGGGGGGCGGCGGCGGGGGCCGCUGAGCUGGGCCUCGACCGGGGACGCCAUGCCCCGCUGGCCCCGUCCCUGCCCGCCCCGCUGUGCCCAUCUCCUGCUGUGCCCAUCUCCUGCGGGCAGACAGGAGCCAGCAGGCACCUGCAUGGCCCCUUGGCCUCCUCGGGCCUCUGCUUUGCUAUUGGCCAAGGGGUGGCAGGUUUGGGGCAUUCGUGAUGCCUCCCCCCCACCUCAGCCCUGUUGACUCCCUGUGACCUCCCCCCCACCCCCAGUCCAGCCCUGGCCUCCCCUCCUUGACGCCAGGCUCCUCCUGCAGUAUGGGAACAUGCCAGCUUCUCUCCAGCCUCCGUGCCUUCCCCCUGGGCAGGCCCCUGGCUCUCGCCCUGGUGCCGAGGGCCUGGGCCUCUGCACUAGGUGCUGACCGGGCUUCCACAGGCCAGGCUGAAGAACAGCGGAGUCCCCAGGGAAACCCAAAGUUCCAGUUAAGGCUGGAGGACAGAGGGUGGAGGGCAGAGGCGGGACCUUGACACACACACUCUGGACAGACAUGGCUCCCAGCAGCCAUGAAAGCAUCCCUGGGGAUGGGGUCUUUGGGAUUUUGGCUCUCGUGCCAGCUGAGCCAGAGGUGCCUGUGAGCUGGUGUCACCUUCAGAACUGGAGGCAAUGUGGCUCGAGAGCCUCCCUCCCUCCCCUUGUCCCCCCCCCCUCGACUUUUGGUUUUGGUUUUGAGACAGAGUCUUUCCAGCUUCACCCAUGCUGCCCUUCCAUUUGUGAUUUUUCUGCCUCCAUCUCCCAAGUAGCUGGGAUUACAGUCAGGUGGCACCACGCCCAACUUCAGAUCUUAACUGUCUAGUGCGAUGCCUUCUCCUCGCAGUGGUCUUCAAGGCGUCUCAAUCCAUUUUAAUGAGUGGAGCCUGGGGGUCCUCACAUAGGUGACUGCAUUCUUUCAAGCCGGCACUUUGUAGUGAGUUCUAGUCAGUUCCGAGUUCCCGCAGGCUCCCCAGGGCUCGGUUCUCAUUAAACUUCCCUCCCAGUC